AUGAGCAACAAAACUAAUUCUUCUGGCCAGCAAAAUUCUUUGAAAGUCGUAAUUCUAGACAAUAUCGAUGACUCCCAAACCUCUGUUGAUAGAACUUUAAAUGGGACCUUAAAUGAAGUGCUGCCAUCAGACGAAUUUUAUAAGUUAUUUACAAACACUCUUAAAAUCUCAUCGAAAAAUCGUGCGCUUCAGGUUAAGUUUAAGCGUCAAACGACAACAGCCCAAGAUGAAGUCACGCUGUCUGAAGCAGUCCUGACGACAGAAAUCAUUGAAGAAGUCUUAGAUAGAGAGCUCGAAAAAUCAAGAAAAAAACACAAGAAAGCGUCAUACGAAGCUAUUAAGGAAACACCCCAAACCAACACGAGAAAACUAGAUUCUUCAAGCUGCUUUAUAUGAUUCGUAGUAAGAAAAAAUGAUAUGAAAAAUGUAGUCCCAGACAUGGAACUUGUCAAAUAUAAGCAAGUGUGCUUAGAUAUGAUCGCUAGGCUUAGCACAUGUACCGAAGCUCAUUUUGGUAUCGCCAAGCUGCUAGCAAAUGAAGGGAAAUUCGAUAGCGCUUUACAGCAUUUGAAAAUUUGUGUAAAAGAGCAGCCGAGUGAUAAGCUUUAUUUUUUAUGGUAUGCCAUUAUGAUGGUUUUAAGCGUAGAAACUAAGUCAGCAGCAUUGGAAGCCAAAAAUACGUGCUAUAGUAAUUUAUAAUUAGAAUGUAUCAAAAACGGAACCAAAGGUGUUGAAAUAUACUGGGCCUUGAUGAAGCUUUCUUUAUUAAAUUUUUUGAAAAUUGGAACUGAAAUAGAAAGUCCUGAGCAUUAUGCCACUAGAAUCAAAGAAAUUGAUGAUUACUAUGGGCUGCUUGCAUGGAGUGAACUUUCGAUUGACAGUAGAGAAUUAGAAGUAAGAGAAAGAGGAGAGUUAAUAUUAAAAGAACUUAUCAGUGAUAAUCCUCAGAGACCAGAAGCUUAUAUGAAAUUGUGGUAUUAUUACUAUUUUGUUACCAAAAAUUAUGAUAGUGCACUAGAUAUAAUUGAGGCUGCAUUUUUAAAGCUUUCUGAUAUAGCUCCUGAGUAUUCUAUAUUAAUUAGCUUGAAAUACUCUAAAAAUCUGUUUAGAAUUGGAAAAUCUAAAAAUGCUUUUGAACUUUUACAAAUAAAAUACAUGAAAUUAUCUCUAUACCCAGUUUAUUUAUAUUACUAUGGAAAGCUUUGUAUCAAAAGCACAGAUGCUACCUUUAUAGGCUCAGCCGUCGGAGCUCUCACUGAAUGCUUAAAGGUCUGUGCUGAAUCUCGUCACGGUCAAGCCUACUAUUGGCUUGCCAAAGGCUACCUCCUCGCAAAUGAAAAAAUCAACGCUUAUAGCUGUAUGAAAGAAGCUAUCCCUUUACUAAGCUCUCUCGUCGAAAAAGUCAAUGAAAGCUCUUCAGAGGAAAAGCACUUCGAGAAAAAAAUAUUUGAAAAAAUAAACGAGCUAAAAGAAACGAUGAAAACCAUGUAUGGAGACAUGGUAAAUUACGAAAUAAUUGACAGAGUUUUAAAAUCAGAUACUAUUGACAAUGCCAAAAUUGAAGAGUGCAAGAUUUAUUGCAGCUCCCUAAGAAAUUUUGACUAUGUUGAAGCCGAUAUUUGUGAAUCAAAAGUGCUGUGGAAAGCAGGGAUGAAAGAAGAAGCUUAUAAGCUUCUUCAAAACAGCUCAAAUAGAGCUUCUUUAAGCAUGAAAGCAUAUUUUCAGCUACUUGAAUUUUUAUUAGAAGAAAAAAAUUUCAAUGAAGUCCAAAGAUCAGCCAAAAACUUAAUCAAAAAAUGCAAAAUUUCCAGUAUCCCUGCACAAGUUUGGGUCCGAGCACAUAUGAUAUACGCAAAAGCACUAGUAAAAAAUGACAAUAUUUCCAAAGCAAUUCUAAUAUACAAAACUCUUGCACAAAUACAGCCAAAUCUCUUCGUCCCCGAUGUAGGGUAUACUAAAGAGCUGCAAAAAGCGACCACAAAAGAAGAAUUGAUAAAUGCUAACGAAACAUUUCAGAAAAAAAAAUUCAUGACAAGCUUUUUAUAUAGUGAGGCUUUAUCAGAUCUUGAUAGCCAAAGAGCCCGAUUAAUUUCAUCUAGAAAAAAUUUAAUGUCCUCAAUACUAAAUGAAGAUGGUGACGUUGAAUCUCCUUAUAAACAGACAAGCUCUGACUUCCCUAGACUACUUAUAAAUGAUGCAGAACAUGAGGACUCAAGUCAGAAAUCUCCAUUACAAGGAUUAGGAAUCUCUAGAAUCCCUAUAGGCGAUUCUGCUAAUAUUUCAUUUUCAGCUUGUUCAGACUAUCUAUUUUUAUAUAAAAUUGGAAAAAUAGCAGCAAAAUAUAAUAAAUUCAUAGAGGAUGGGGUGCAGGCUUUGCAUGAUUUUUUAAAUAUUCAUCAUUAUUGGAUGAAAGAAGGCAUUGAAGCUGAUGAAGAUUUAAGGGUCAAAGCACUUUAUUGGCUUGGGGUUCUAUGCCACAUUCAACAAGAUUUUAGCCAAGCUUAUACGAUUUUUAGGGAUAUAAUGAGUAUGCUGUUUCAAUUAGGAAGAGCUUCGAUGAGCAACCAAAUCCAAGAAUAUUUCAAGCAGUAUGAGUCAUUAGGAAUAAAACCUCCAGCAAGCGCCGGAGCAUUAUAA